GCGCGGGGCGCCGAGCCGCCGACUUCGAGUGCAGUCGAGACCUCGCCGCGAUGUAUCGACCGGCGCACGCGAGCUCUCGAUACCCGGGGCCGCCGGCGAGGAGUGCGUGCGCGCUGUAAUAUGGCGGCACGUAGACACUCCAGCAUGACCGCGCUCGCUGCCGUGUUCAGCCUGGCACUGCACUCGCUGGCCGGUGAGUCUCCCGCCGCUAACACCCUGCCGCGGCUGUCUCCAGAGCUCGUGCGGCGGGCCCCUGCUCGCCUGCUCCCCGCCCGGAAAGAAGCCGACUACACACUGGAUGACUCGUUCUGGAACGAAGAGAGCCCGGUUGGCGAGGUGGAGCGACUGCUGCGCGAGUACCGCCAGAACCAGGAGCUGGUGCGCAACAUCGGCGCGCACUACUACCAGAUCAUCUACCCGGUGCAGCUGCGCCACCACGAGAAGAUGGGCAUCUCCACCCGCGAGGUGGGCGCGCCCAAGUUUCCUCAGCGGCCGUACGGCGAGGGCGGCUACCAGGCACCGUCCAGAGGGCGCUCCAGGACCGGCAAACACUUCCACCGCACCUCCCUGCUCAUCAAGGCCUUCAACCACAAGUUCCGUCUGGACCUCGAGCUCAACACGCAGCUGCUAGCACCCAACCUGAUGCAGAAGCACUUCCUGGCGAGCGGCGCUGAGCAAGUCUCCAAGCAGGAGAUAGAGCACUGCUACUACCACGGCACGGUGAAGGACUACCCGGGCGCCACGGCAGCCUUCCACACGUGCAACGGCGUCAGCGGAGUCAUCCACGUGGGCAACGAGACGUUUGUUAUCCACCCGUUCUACGGUGGCGACCUCUCGCAGAAGCACCCUCACGUGAUCUUCGAAGCCCGCACGAAGACGAACAAGGGCUGCGCCAACUCGGGCAACCUGGAGUGGCGCAUGAAGAACUACCGCCGCCAGAAGUCCAUGUCGGGUCUGGCGCCCGAGGCCGCAGCCGCGCGCUUCCGGCGAGACGUGCGGGAGGCAACCAAGUACAUCGAGACAGCCAUCGUCAUCGACAAGGCCAUGUUCGAGAAGCGGAACGGCAGCACGCGCGCCGAGGUUGUGCACGACGCCAUCCAGGUGGCCAACAUCGCGGACCUGUACUUCCGCACGCUGAACACGCGCGUGUCCGUGGUGUACAUGGAGACCUGGCAGGGCAGCAACCAGGCGCCCAUCGACAAGAGCCAGGACAUCAGCCGCGCGCUGCUCAACUUCAACGACUACACGUCCAGGAAGCUCUUCAAGACGGACAAGGACACCACGCAGCUGCUCACGGGCGAGAUGUUCCAGGGCGGGGAGGCGGGCAUGGCGGUGCCGGAGACCGUGUGCACAGCCAAGUCGGUGGGCAUCAGCGUGGACAUCAACACGUACGAGCCGCACCUGCUGGCCGGCACCAUGGCGCACAUGAUCGGACACAACAUCGGCAUGGGCCACGACGACGGCCGCGAGGAGUGCUUUUGCCGCGACUGGCACGGCUGCAUCAUGGCGCAGUCCAUCGUGGGGCUGGAGAACGUGCAGCCCUACAAGUUCUCCGAGUGCAGCCGCUCCGACUACAUCGACGCGCUGAGGAUAGGCCACGGCAUCUGCCUGCUCAACAAGCCCAACGAGCUGGAGGUGCGGCGGACGUGCGGGAACAGCAUCGUGGAGGAGGGCGAGGACUGCGACUGCGGGACCAUCGACGAGUGCCACGAGAUGGACCCCUGCUGCGACCCCAUCACCUGCAAGCUCACCAAGGAGGCGGAGUGCGCGUCGGGCCCGUGCUGCAACAACUGCCGGCUGCGGGCGCGUGGCGUGGUGUGUCGAGACGCGACCAACGAGUGCGACCUGGCGGAGCACUGCUCGGGCGAGCACGGCCAGUGUCCGCAGGACGUGCACAAGAAGAACGGCAACCCCUGCAGCACUGGCACCGGCUACUGCUUCAACGGCGUCUGCCCCACGCUGAGCAUCCAGUGCGAGCAGAUCUGGGGCUACGGUGGUGUGGCUGGCGACAACCAGUGCUUCGAACAGUUCAACUCCAAGGGUUCGGUGACAGGUCACUGUGGUGCUGACAUCAAUGGGGAGUUCACCAAGUGUGAAGCAGAGAACGUGCGGUGCGGCUCGCUGCAGUGCCAGCUGGGCAACAGGUACCCCAUCAUCGCCGGCAUGGACCAGCUCUACACCCGCACCAUCAUCUCCAUCAAGGGAGUGGAGUACGAGUGCAAAGCAACGAGUGGUGCAAUGGAUCUGCCUGAAGUGCCUAACAUGGGUCUUGUCAGAGAUGGCACACCGUGUGGUGACAACCUUAUCUGUGUGAACCAGACGUGCGUCAGCAUCUUCCCCCACAUAGACCAGGGCAAGUGUCCAAGCAACCACAACAACAUGGAGUGCUCGGGUCAUGGGGUUUGCUCCAACGUGAACAAGUGCUACUGCGAGCUCGGCUGGGGCGGGCCCGACUGCUCCAUCCAGGUGGAGAUGACCUUGUCGCCCGUGCAGCAGCCCGCCACCACCCCCGCCCUGCCCGGGCAGCACAAGGACGGGCUAGACGGGCUCAAGAUGGAGAAGAAGGAAACCCCCUACGAGAGCUACCACAGUACGAACACUGUGUUCUUGGUUGUGACUCUGAUGUCGGUCGUAGGGGGGGUUUUCAUUGUGUUUGCACUGAUGGCUUUAUGCUACAGGUCAGUCGUAGUACACAAAAACUUCUCCUUGUGCCUCAGAAGGAAGAGCACUAUGCCGAAAUAUGACCCGCCUUAUGUGAAAAAGCCCAUCAUGAAGAAGUACCCCAGUAAAGGGCCUAACCAUAACCCAGAAGAAGCAGCGAUGGAGAGUGCCAACAAGAUCCUUACCUUUGGAAGCAUGCCGUCCUAUAGUCGAGGAGAUGCGCAGAGAGUGCUGUUCCGCCCGGCCAACCAUAUGUCAGCGGGAAUCACCUCGCGCUUCCACAGGGAACACAAGAUGCAGCAGAUGAAGCGGAUGGGGGCGGGCUCCGGCAGCGAAGAGGACGCCGCUCACUCGGGCGAGGAGGAGACGGUGUCCUUCAUCGACAUCGCGCCCAACAACCUGUCCAAGCUGCCGGAGAAGGGCAUCCUGAAAAAGUCGGGCGGCUACGACGCGGCGCCGGGCAAGGAGAAGUGGUCCGAGGACUCGCAGUCCGACAACCAGGAGGUGCUGUCGCAGUCGGACAACAACCUGGGCGGGGGGGCCAUCUCCGAGGUGGAGCGCACGCUCAAGAGCCUCAACGGCUACCACGAGGACAUCCUGGAGGCGCUGAGGACCGCGGCGUCGCACCGCGGCGCGCCCACGCCCUCCGGCAGCGCGCUCGGCGAGGAGAUCCUGCGCAAGUCCCUGGCAGAGUGCAGCGGCUACGGGGACUACAAGCUGCUGGGCAGCCAGGAGAAGAUCUGCGAGGGCGCGCAGACGCACGUGGCGGUGGACCACCACCACCGCGCCCACCACCACCACCACCCCCUGCCACACCUGCACACGCCGCACCCCCUGCCCGCGCCACAGCCCGACGACGACGACCAAGUGCCUCCCUGCGGCCCCAUUCGCAUCCGCAACCUGGAGGACCUCAUCCGUCAGCUGGAGCACCACUCCACCCGCCACAUGAGCCCCAGCGGCUCCGAGGACAUCCGCAUGUCCGAGACCGAGGCUGACCGCCACUACCGCCUCGACUCCUCCUGCCCCGAGCCCUCAGGCCGGCCGUGCCGCGGCAGGGAGGAGUCGAGGUUCGUCUACGGCCGGUACCGGCACCCCACGGCGCGGAACCCCCCCGCCUACCACCAGCACCCCCACCAGGAGGAGGAGGGGCUCUACGAGACGGCCGACCACGAGCGAGGCGGCGAGCAGUGCGGGGACACCCCGGACAGCGAGAGUGAUGAAUUUAUUCAAGCUCAACAACAGUUAGUCCGGUCGGCGAGUGAGGAGGCGUUGCCAGUGACGGGCGCCGCGGGCGGGCGUCACACCCGCCACCACUCGUCGCGUCAGGACAGAGUGUCCCGGCGCGAGCUGCCGCCCUGCCCGCCCCCCGACGGCGGGGAGGAGGCCGCCGCCCCCAGCGCCGCCCCCGAGCCCCCGCCCGGCGAGGACUCGCCAGACGAGGACGACGACUCGUCGCACCACACGGCGGCUUCCUCGGCGUCGGGCGGCGAGCAGGCGGCGCUGCUGCGGCCCGGCCGCUACCCCGAGUACGAGCACUGAUGCCCUCACUACCCCGGAGCACUGGUGCUCUUCGCUACUACCCCGAGUACGAGCACUGAUGCCCUCACUACCCCAGGUGGAGCACUGGUGCUCUUCGCUACCAUUCCGAGUACGAGCACUGAUGCCCUCACUACCCCGGGUGGAGCACUGGUGCCUGCUACUACCCCGAGUGAAGGCACUGGUGCCUGCUACUACCCCAAGUACGAGCACUGAUGCCCUCACUACUCCAGGUGCCUGCUGCUACCCCGAGUGAAGGCACUGAUGCCCUCACUACCCCGGGUGGAGCCCUGGUGCUCUUCGCUACCAUUCCGAGUACGAGCACUGAUGCCCUCACUACUCCAGGUGCCUGCUGCUACCACGAGUGAAGGCACUGGUGCCUGCUACUACCCCGAGUACGAGCACUGAUGCCCUCACUACUCCAGGUGCCUGCUGCUACUCCGCUCCACUGCUCCACCGUUUCACGUCACGGAAGUUGUGUCUCAUUUAGAACAUUUUUGAAUUGACUACCGUGUUUUUGGCGAGAGGAAAUAUUUACUGUUGUUAUCACUGCGAAAACAUUUACUACAGAGAUGCUUUAAUUUACAUCAAGUUUUGAAAUGAAUAAAAAAAAAAAAUUGAUCCUUCGUAGGUUACAAAUUUUUAGUAGUGUGUGUGGAUGAUCAUGUUCAAGAAAAAGUGUGCUGUCAAGAGGCAAGAUUUUUAUUUGGUGAUUCACCCAUUUACUUAAGCUUUUUAAGAAAACAUUUCAAAGAAAGAUCGUAUGGAAUAGCGUUUCUUCUAUCUCGAUUUGUAUUAUACAAUUAUUUUCUAACGACCCAAUUGGAAAGGGCAAAACAUUUAUUUAAGACGCCUCUGAUGUGAAGGAAACUUGCCAUCACAUAUUCUGCAUUUAGGUUCCUUCACAUUAAGAAGGUGAAUAAUUUCAGUGGACUGUACCUAUUAUGAACAUGACUUAAACAGGCCUGUUUUCAAAUAUGUACAUAUAGGAAUAUAAACAAAAUUAUCCGAAUUUAAAUAACAUUUUAUGAUGUAGGACUAAUGUAAUAAAUUGGUUUGACCGAUCACUUGCCUUAAUGUCGACCCCGUAGUUGGACGAAAUGUUAUUCAUCAUUCCACAUCUGUGAUCCAACAAGCACGUUAUUCUACCCCAACAAACACCCCCAGCAUUUACAUCUUGCAAAAAAAGCAAUUUAUGAAAACGACUGUAAUAAAUAGCAUUAUAAACAUAAGGCUCAAUUGAAACAAAUGCUGGGUGGUGUUUUAUCGUGUGAUUGAUUUCGACCUCUCCCCACGUGACUUGCUAGGUGCAAAAUUGUUUUCAUAAUCACGAUAUAUGGCAAGAAGUUUCAAACUUAAACUUAAUGAAUAACGAAAAUAGCUCUUGAAUGUUAACGAAGUUUGAGAUGAUGUUUCUUUCUUGUUUUGGUGUUUGAAAUGUGUGGUUUCAUCUGUAAUUUCUGUGUAGUCGUGGCUGCGGAGUCUUUGCGGUAGGAACUGUACUCUCCACAGCUAUGUGUCAGCCGCAGCCUGUCUGUCCCGACACAGCGCAGUUUACGCCCCCUAACAUCUUCCCCCCCCCCCUCCCAAGGGGCCCGAUGUCAGGAACACUCGACUUCCAGUCGUACGCGAGCGCGACUCACACAGACCACACGGGCAGAGCUGCUGUGCUCGUCUCUGUUCGGAUACGUGGAUGCCAUGUUGGGCUCAGCCAUUUUCCUCUUUUGUUUCCAGCGUAAUGCCUGAUGGGAGGCCAGAUUCGUCAGACAUAUUAUACGUGAGACACAUUGGGCUAUCCUAGCCAAAGUCAGAAACAGUCACCAAUUAACAUUUUUGAAAAAAGUGAACAGCAGAGUUGGGUAAUUAUAAUCAUGUGCUAUAUCUAAGAAAAAGACACUACUGAUUUGGGUAACCAGAUUUACUGCUUCUACGAUCACACGCUCAAAGAAAUUACACACCAGUAUGGUUUGGCUGGCACAUGAGUUACUAUACAGUUUUAAAUAUAUUUUGCUUCAGCACAUUAAAAUAAUUAAUCUAAAGUUCAAAUUAUUUACUCUAUGAGAUUAGUAGGGUAGACCGGGGGAAAUCGGGUCAAUUUUUUGAAAUUCCUGAAUAAGUAUAAAACCAAUAUUAAUUUACCAUAAAAUAAUCUACAGUAAUGUCAGUCAUACAUUUAUGUACAUAUUUACAUACAAACAUUAGGCAAUCUUCCUUACGAAUUGACAUUAAACUUGAUCAAAGGAAAAUGAAAUGUUUUGACCCGAUUUGGACAGAAGUGGGGUAAAUCGGAUCACAAGUGGGGCAAAUCGGGUCAACAGAUUUUCUUUACUGUUUUGACAGACACAUUCCACAUACAAACUGUUUACACUGAAAAGCAUUGACACAGCGCUCAUGGUACCACAUUUUGCAAGACUGGCACUGAAUCCAAUCUCCAGCAGUGCAGCUUCUGAUAUCUUUGUAUGCAAUUUUGCAAAUGUUGCAGAGAACAUCUUCCUCAUCAUCCUGGCGUUCUUCCGAAAUUUCCAACUCGGAUGUGUUUUUAGUUUUUGUUCGCUUCUUCGUCUUCAGAGGUUCAAUUUUGCUUUGCUUUGAACUUAAUUUAACACCUGCUUCUUUCUUUUCAAUUUCCUGGAUUCCAACAAUGUGCGAUUCUCUUUUGACAGUAGCCUUAGAGAAGCAACAGUUUUUCGUUCACCUAUAUUCUCUUUGGUGUUAAUUUUUCCGGUGUUGGUAACAGGCCUCUCACUUCUUCUGUGGUGCUCCUUCUACUUACACAUUUGGCAGUGAACUCGUGAUUCUAUAUUUACAUGGAUAAUAUUUUUAUUAUUUUAACAUGUCCUAAACUUCAAUAUUAUUAUAAGUACUUACUAAUUUUAACUAAAGUUGAAGCCUUAAAUUCAUUUUUUCCACUUAUUUAGAAUAGGCCUUAACUUAAAAAUUGAGAAAGAAGAAUAAAGUGCUUCACAAUAUAUAGCAAAUAUAUGAAGCAACCUGAUUUCCCCACUGUAUGCAGUGACUCGUUUUACCCCAACGGCAGUGACCCGAGUUACCCCAUUUCGCACUUUAAAAAAAAGAAAAAUAUUAUAAAUUCUGUCAAACAUAUAGAGCCUCAGUAAUGCAGAAGAAUGUUAAUUGGGUACAUAUUUUCGUACUCCAUUACUUAAACUACAAUACUUUUUCGAAAUGCGAACGUAAAGGCUUACGUAACACAAAAUAAAACUUACAUUGUUAAGAAUUUUCCACUUCAGGACUGCACAGGUUCGGGUUCAUGUCGCACAGACUACCAGAAUGUUGUCACAGGCGAUAUUCGCCUUGUAGUGGACGGUUGUAUAGAAAGAUAGCAGCACUCUUCGGUAGGUUCCGUAGACUCCAGUUCAUUCUUUCGCCGCAAGAUAGCAGAUCUUGUUAUGAUGACCCGGUUUACCCCGUGACCCGAUUUCCCCCGGUCUACCCUACAUUUUGUAAUGAAUUAACUUAGAUAAAAUAUGCACCUGAAAUACUAAACAAAAUAAUUACAAAAGUUAUGAGGGGUGUAAAAGCAAAUAUAUUUACAAAUAAAAAUCUACAAUGCUAGGUCUCGAUAACAAUUCUUGAUUAAUCCUAGACAUCAGCAAGGGGAAUAUUAAACAGUCCGAAAAAUCUAACCCAAAUGGUAUUUAAGCCAAGUUCAGAUGCGCUGAAUUCCAAUGUUUCUUAAAAUGCAAGCAAUUUAAAAAAAAGGACGCGUGGCCCACUAUUAUGUAUAGUUAAAGUACUUAAAGUUAUUCUUCGCAAAGCCAAUACGACGUAAUUUUGCGAGACUAGGGAAGCAAAGGGCAGGGCGGCCAAGUCCCUGUUACCUCUUGUUGCGAUAAAAUAAAAAUGUUCUAUGCAAAGUUCCACAGUAGUCCUACAAGAGUUCCAACACUAUCAUCGAUGAUAAACCUCCCAGCCAGUUGCUAAGGGCACAUGUUUGUUGCUGUGUGCACGCCUUCACACAGAGUUCGAAAAGCCGGGAUCAGAUACACAUCCUAGCUCAAUAUAAUAACUUUGCGGCGGGCGAUAACGAUUUUUGCGCUGUACCUGUUCCAAAAUGCCAAAAAUCCCACUUUUACCAACAGUGAACGAUGGUUCUAUCCCUAAAAAUAUGUCCAAUCGAAAAUGUAACACUGAGUCCUGCAAAAAACUUAAAGAAACUGGCACAAACUACAAAGUUAAUUUGGUCGUGCCUUAGUUCACCUGAACAUGACGCAACUGCGAGCCAAACUGCCAAUGCACCGCAAUGUAAAGGGUCUGUGGGUUGACGAGACAGCAACUAAUACGCUAAAGUACUUGAAAGGUUUUUAACGCAUGUAAUAAAACUUGCAAGUGGUGCAGACAAGCUCCUCUGAAGUUCCAGUCUGUUAAUGAACAACGCACGACACCAGCUAUUGAGCAGUGACUGUUCAUUAGAGCAAUAAAACGCUGACGCCUCUGUACCGCCGAUCUUGUUACAGUGUAUCUGAUUACAUACUCAGUUUACUCGCACAUCCAUCUCGUUUCUUGGAGAGAGAGAUAAAUAUCGCAGGACUUACUUUGAGUGCUCCUCGGCAAGCAGUCAGUAGACCCGCUCUACUCGUAGGGUAGACUCGCUCCCGUGGCCGCCAGGGUAGACCCCUCAGCGCUGCGACACAUGACUAUUACUGGCUGAGCUCUGGCCGACAGAGGCAUCUCCAAGAGCCUGAGAAAAGCACCAGAUGGGCACGAUAACUACGGUACACUUGCAAAAACACACUCAACAACUCAAAAUUAUAACAAGGAAUCUAAAAGUAUCAAAAAAAUAAAUAUUUCAAAACACUAGAAACCAGAUAUCACAUAUGCUAAAAAAAAUUAAGUUUAAAAAUUAACAAAUUAUGCAUAUAAAGUAAAUAAAUGGGAAAAGAUUAGAUAUAAGGGCCUCAAGGGGCAGAAAUUUCUUCUGUAGGGACGAUGAGUUUAAAUAUUCAACAUUCAGACUCCUAACCAAAGUUUUUUCUUCAUUUGCAGGUUAGUUACAGUACGUUAAAUAAUGCUGUGUGAAUGUUAUAUACAUAGCUUUAAUUAAGGGUUUUUUCAUAACAUUGCAAAUGGGAAUUAAUUUUAAAAUGCAGUUAACUCUUAAAUCAAGCAAUAUAUAUUAGUACUACGCAAAAAUACUGAUAUACAUAAAUUACCUGGGAUGGCCCAUAAAGUCCAUAGCUCACCGCCUAAUCUAACCCUAAUAUCGUAACUUACAAUGGCUUAUUCCGUCCUAAAAAAAUAAGAAAAUUUAUUACAUCAAUUGUUUUAGAGAAAUAUUACUAAAAUAUCUUAAUGCCAAUUAACAAAGUUAGCAAGAGUAAUAGGCAUUUCUCAGAAUUUGACUUAUUUUUCUCAAAAUCUGCUACUCUAAAAAAUUACUAGUUGUAUGCCAUCAUGUUACAUUUUGUUCAGCAUAUGAGAAUGUAAAUUUGCAUCUUGAACAUGGUGAAAUAUAAUAAUUAUGAUAUUAAAAUUAAACUGUGCUUCACACUGCAGAAUUAUUCGUGGCCAUUAGGAUGAAAAUGCAAUGAACGAAACUUGUUAGAGUUAUACUUGCAAAUUGCAUAUUUCUCUCUUAGAUCGUAGAUAAAAUUCCUAGCAGAAUUAUUACACAAGCUCAGUAAUUUUAAAUACUGUAACAUAUAUUCAUUCUAUUUUUUUUGUAUUCAUUGGAAACAGCUCUCUUUAUAUAGUAGCAUAUUUCACAACUCUGUAUGCAAAUUGGCCAACCCGAAGGGUAUGUACCAGUCGACUUCCAUUACAUAUGCUUUAAUCCUUGUGCGAAUUCAAGUACGCAUUUACAGGUUUACUGACACCAUGCGCACUUCACUUUUCGUUGUGACGUUCUUGACGAAUCCUGACAGGGUCAGUGUUCGGCCUCCCAAAAUGCUGUAAGCCAACCAGAUAUGUUGUUUACAUACUGUUUUCCAAAAAAAAAAAAAAAAAAAAAAAAAAUUAUGGCUAAACAAUGAUUAGCUAAAAUUAUUCAUUUUUAACACUUCUAAGUGUCUCACGAAUUUGCGGCAAUUUACUUUAUGAUUUUACCUUCGUUUCGUAGUUACAAUCGGUAUGUAUGUGUAUGUAUUUGUUGAAACUUCCUUGUUAAUAUAAUUAAAUACAUAUUUCUUCGAAUGGUUACUAACAGUCAUAUAUAAAGUGAAAAUAAAUUUCAAAUCGUCCUUAAAUCACUUAAAUUUUGUACCUAAUAUAACCUUCAAAACAUUUUUUUUUAAAUGGCGACAUAAAUUUUACUCCGAGUACCUACGCGAAAAGUACACAUUUAUUUACCUGCAUAUUUGCUUACUUAACUUGCAGUUUUGAGGACAAGUACAUUAUGUAUAUACUUCAUGCGAGUUCUGAGUCUCCCCUAGCCACACAUGAUGCCACAGGGAUGGUUCCACCGUACUACUAACCGCGUUCAGACCGAGAUAACAUCCCGUGGCUUCCAAACGCGUACAACUGUAAACUCCAGCAUUGGGCCCCUGGCUUCAGUUUUUGUUUAGUCUGUGUUUCAUUUUCUUGAAAAAAAUUUCAAAUUUUUUUAAACGAAUAACUUUAUCAAAUAUGUAUACAUAUUUUUCGAGUAUUGCAAAUAAAAUCCUUACAGGUGUUGAAUGUUUCCUGACGUGUGAACUGAGCCGUGUCUACUGUGCAAGGUACAUGCUAACUCAAACAAAAUUGCUUGUAUAGUUACAGAAGUUAGAAGUUACAUGUUAUGUAUUUAUAUCCAACAUUUCAUUUUUUUUUUUUGCAAAAUACUUUUCUGUACAAAUUAUAAUUGCACUAGUUUUAAGCUAGUAAAUGUUGACUUCAGAGGUGCCAUCAGUUGUAGAUUUUUGAUUUAUAGUUUUAUCAUAGUUUCUACCAGUGUUGUGAAUAGCCUCUAUUCAUGUUAUCUUAACCAAGCUUAUUAAUGAAUGAUGAACCAAAUAGUUGAAGUUGAAAAUGAAUGAGAGGUGCCAAAACACCAAACACAUUAAAAAAAAUUGAGAUGCAGCUGUAAUAAUAAACCAAAAUAAAAUUAACUUCGAGACGAACAUAUUAAUAAUGGAUUAAUAUUAAAAUUACAACAAAAACAUGGUUAUAUUUUCCUCUAUCUCUUAAUCAUUUUUUUGAAACUACCAUUGUUUGUUUGUAAGACAGUAACAAGGAUUAUUAUUUCAAAUAGUAACUAUCUUUCUACAUUCCUUCUGAGUUGAUGAAUGUGUAGUAUUUUUUUGAAAAUUAUUAGCUUUUUUUUUAUUAUUAAUAUGAUUGAUACUUUUUUAUGUUUCUAAAAGAGCAUUAUUCAGUGCUUCCUUUCAGUACAAGAGAGCCCACUUUCUACCUGGCGAUGGGCUAUUCUUUGUAUAAGAUACAAUAUAAUGUUUCAAAAACUGGUUGUGAUAUAAUUUUACAUGAAAAUAAUAUUAAUAAAUAACUUUUUAAUACUGAACUCAAUAUAAAAAAAAAAAUUCUUAUGCAGCGUCAGUGUCAACAAGAACAUAAAUUGAAGUAAAGGAAGUGUAUUUGUAGGAGGGUCUUAUCUCAGAACUAAACACAGGUUAGUGGAGACAUGCUGUUACAGUAUGCUGGUUUCAGAGAGCUUAGCACAGCGUUGAGGAAAUAUUGCCCCUAAAUAUUCAUGCACAACAGUGCGACAUAAAAUAACAUAUUGACCUACAAGAGCUAACUGCCUUGGCCUUAACGACUUAACUUACAUCGGUGACUCCAAUGAUGGAGGACUGCCCCUCAGAUACACUGUAACCCUGGCUCCUUCACAACAAUGCCACACUGCUAAUAGCCUGAGUGUCGGUAGCCAGCAGUUGGCAACCCUGCAGACCGACCUCUGAUACACAGGCCAGUGUCUUGUGGGAGCGUCAGUCAUAUUAGGUAGUAAAUUGUUAGUCGUGAAAUUCCUAUGUUUAUUCAGUACAUACUUAUGUAACCUUGCUGAUUUUCAUAAGCAUGCAGUAUUGCUUCACAUCGUGAUGAUUAUUCAACAUAAUUCAGCUGCAGAAAAAGAAACAAGGAGACACUGUAUUCUGUGCAGACAACCAACGUUGCAGAUCCACAGAUAACUUUGUAGGCACAAAUUUAGGUUAUUAAGGUUUUUAUAGCAAUUUGCUUAUUAUAUUUAAAAAACAAUUGAACUGUUCUUUAUAAUUUUGACUUCAAGCACUCACACAAAUAAAACUGGUGUCCCGCGAUUCCAGCCCUUCUGUAACAAUAGGCAGCAAUACUUACCUACUAUGAUUUUCACAUAAUUCCUAUGAUAAUUUGCGCAGGCAUAUUCUUACUUACAGAUACAGUAACUGAAUUUUUAGGUAUAUUUAAGUUGGACACCACAUGACUUACCCACAUUCUGUAAUCACUCUACUAGCACUUAACAUUGAAGGCCCCACUCCCCGGGCGCACAUACGAUGGGCAGAGCUUCAGGAGAAACCACGCGGUUUGAAAACUGUUCAAUAUAUGCGAGUGGUAUCUUUUAACAAAAGCAUUGAAGAAUGCACAGAGUGCAAAUGGGUAGUCCUGUUUCCGUGUUUUGAUUUUAAACUGUAAUUUUAGGAGAGUGAAAAGUGCUACAACGCGUGUUUUCAGAACAGUUUUUAGACAUGAAACGCCCUUUAAAAGAUUCUUGAAAGCACCCAAGGGUCUUGCAUUCCGCCUUUAUCGUAAUUUCUCCGCUACCUUACGUUAUGGUUACCGCUUAAAUUUCUAUCUCACAAUACCGCGCUAGAAGCACCACCAAGCAUCGCACUAACAAAGAUGGACCCCUGACAAGGCAGGCCCUUUAAACGUGCACUUUAUGUUUAGUAUUUAAGCUGUCAAGUAACCAGUCAAAAACACAGAUGGCAGCAGUGUCACUAUUGAUCACACAGAUACUAUAACAGCGUGGCAGCCACACAUUCAUGAGUGAUAAGUUCUUUUGGUUAUUGAACAUUUACUGUUUUUCUUGACACAAGAUUGUAAUUAUUAACUGCCAAUUAUAAAAAAUGUUUGUGAUUUGUGUAUAAAAUCUGGACAAACUAAUAACUAAUAACUGCUUCUUAUCGCUCUAAUUUGGUCAGGAUUUUUUUGUUGGCACCUCUGUGAACAUUGAUGCUAUGUGAAAUUAUCUAAAGGGUAACUUACAAUAAACAACUUUUGUAUCUAUUGUACAUUUAUAACUGCAUUAACAAGUAAUUGCAUGUUAUAAAUAUUUGUUUAGUUAUGCAUAUUGACAUUGUUAUUUUGGGAGAAUAGUUUGUUUUUUGCCAUUUCACUAACAUUGCACACCCAAUUCAUUUACAGAUAUUUGACUGAAAAUAUACUUUGAUUUUUUACUUGAGCGGUCAUGUUGAUGGUAUUGCUGCUCAUUUGUGAUUAUUUUAUUUACUGAAACAUAUAUAGCAGUUAACUCAGAUGUUAUCAAAGCUCUAUGUAUAUAUGUGUUCACGUGGAAAAACUAAAUUCUGGAUGAACAGUGCACAGCAAAUCAUCCAACUGAAGAAAUCAAAUAUUACAGUAAACUCUUUUUAUAAAGAAGUUACAUAAAUCAGGAUUUUAUGUAUAGUCCUCAUUUGUUUAAAUAAGAACUUUUGCAUGGCAAAACUUCUUCCGAUUGUGUCAGGAAUUUAAAUAUAAACUGUUCCCUUUGAGCUGCAAGUAAUUUAAAACUGCAUAUACUUUAUAAUUAUGCUUAGAUCAAUGCUCUAUCUAGUCCAAAAAUUUGAAACACAUCCAGAAUGAAAAUAAAUUGUGUGAAAGAAGGCAGAGACAAAACCUUAUAAAUAGUAAUCUUAUUAUUUAUCUAUAACAUUAAAGAUCCUGUUUUCUUUUAUAGUAUAGUUUAAACUUAGAGACAAAAAAAUUAAAACAAAUGUUUUGCAAAUAUUUUGUAUUUCACAUUAAUUUAAUUUCGGACUGCUUGAAAUUUGCUUCUUGACAUAUUUUUACAUGUUCCUGCAUCGUGCAGCCUUGUUACCAACCCAGUCGCUAGUUCCUGCGACGUCUGCUGUGUUGCCAGGACCGGGCCAGGCCACGUCGCUAGCAGCUCGCGUGUUCACGCGCAAGUAGCGCCUAGUAGCGUCUUGCACACGGUUCGCAGUCGUACCCAAAACUCACAGUUUUCAUGCACAGGAAACGCUCACGACGUAAUUUAAAAUUUAAAGAACGGAUUUCCUGCUUUCGCGGCCACUGCCUAACCAAAUAUCUAGUCUUUCCAGGCGGAGCGGCGUCCAAAUGGUAGAUUCGACCUACGUUUCGCUCCGCAUUGCAGCGGACAUCAUCAGUGUUGGUUUCUCAACCCGUGCCGACUGCAGACUGCAAUGCAGACCAAACUGUCGGUACAAUCUACCGCUUCAACGCGGCUCAACCUUGAAAGCUAAGUAGUUUAAUUUAAAGUGUGAUUUUAAUAUUGCCUAACUUAUAGCAGCACACAGGUUCAGUUUUGGCCACAGCGGUGAGUGGAGAAGCGAGCUGUUAGUGAGCGGCACCUACAGAAUGGCGCACAGCUUCUCUCUCCGAGCAACUGCACGACUAACAAACACCACCAGGGGUGAGCUCUGCUCUGAUAGGCUGGCGGGCCCUCUCUCCGGAAGAGCGUGCUGCUUAUUGGGACUUCUCUGACGAGCCUACGAGGGCUGACUGUGUGUGAGAUGAUGUGUUUGUAGCAGAUCACAGUUUCUACGCCACGACCGACCUGCUCGUGAUAUUUGGUACUGCUAGACUGUCUGUUCGUUCGGUGACCGCGAGUCCUUUUGAUGAACUAAACUGCAAAGAUCCUAAUCACUUGUAUAAGUUAGUAAAUCCUCUACACAGUAGAGUCCAAAACAUUUGAAAGAUUCUGUGCCCCAACAACGUUAUUUCAUUUUGACAGACGAAAAUCGUUGUGUAUUGUUUUAAGAGUAAUUGCCGUCCACACCCAGGUAACACGCCUGUCGUUCUAAGGUUAUCACAAUAUCGAUUUACUUAAUUUAGUUGCAAAAAAUUAUGUAAACUACAAACACAAAAUUGGGUGACAGUGAGUGCUGGAUGCUUGGAGAGUCUAGUUUUUCCUGAACACGUUGUAGUUCAACUGCCAAAUAAGUAUUGUAUUUUUCUAUAUACCUAGCCUUAUUUGGCUGUAGCGCGAAGCUAGCACAGAUCAAACAGCUAUGUACCUUGCACACCGAUUAACGUGACAAACAAGCUCACCUAGGAACUAUCUCUACCGGAAUUAAUGGGAAACAGCCGUAAAAUAAUAUAUUUGUGUGUGAGUUGGUUGCCUCUCAAGCGGUGAAGAUCCCUGAGGCUCGCGACAGCCGUCUGUGUUUUUGUGUGCGUGAUUGUGGCGAGUGAGUGCUUCUCGAGCAAACCUGCAAACACAUUCAUACGAAGACAAGAACCCAGGAAUAAUUUCACUGUGCGAACUAUGCGAUGAUAUUUAAUAGAUAUGUGAAAACAAGAGUUUAUUAGGAAUGAAAAUAGUAUUGUUUGCAAUAGAGCUAAGGUCCAGAAAAUAUUUUGUUCGUUACUAGUAAUUUAAUGUUAUGUAUGAUAACAAUUAAAACAUGCCAACAAAAGGCCUUUCCAUUGAAGCAUGAUGACUACAAAAAUUUAUGAACACAUGUAUUAGUAAUUGCAAAGACAAAAAAUUGUACUGAGAUAAUGUGAAACGUUGUUGGAGAAGCAUAAUUGUUUGAGUGCCAACACGAUGCACUGUACCUGCAAUAUGUAACACUUUAAGUCUUGUAUUUUGCACCCAAAUAGCACAAGGGGGAAGGUGACUCAUGGUUACCUUGGAGUAUAAUACUUUAUGAAUUAUGAUGUUGCUUUAUAAAUCUUUGUGCUGUUGUUCACAAUUAUUGAGAUUGUAAUGUUUAUUACUUUGGAAAAAUUUAACACAAAUUUGAAUUUCAGUCGUCUAGUUUACAUUGAACAAUUUAUAUAUAUAUUUUUUUUUAAGUCUAAUAAUGAUACAGUUUCACUUUAAAAUUUUGCUAAUUAAUAUUAAAUUUUAUUGUUAGAAUAAAUUGUAUCAUUUAAAUAUAAUUUUAAGUAAUACAGAUCAGAUGGAUGUAUAAAGUGCAAAAGAAAUUCAUAUUCACACUCUAAAAACCUUUUUCUAUUAUUAUUUGAAAUGUUUAAACAUAUUAUUUUUUUAGUACUACAUUGCAACAUUAAAUACAAAAAAAAAUUAUAUCACAUUCCAAAUAAGUUUUAUCAAUUACAUAGACUACAUCAUAACACACUCGCAUGCCAAGUAACACUAGCCUGAUUGAAGUACUGUCUAAUUAUUGCAUUCUGAAACCACUGUUCUUGUGUUUUAAUGCUUUAACACAAAUUUAGAACUAAAAAAGUAAUCUAAUGACAGCCACUUAAAAUGUUUCUGAUUUCUUAAGGUUUACUUUGAGGGUACUCAUUUUUAGCUUUCAGAAUUCAUGUAGGCCUAUGUUAAUCUGGCCUCAAACAAAACUUACACUAAACAUUUUUAUGAAUCCUUUUUUUUGUUAGUUACAUUUCAAGCCAGAUUCAAACCUUCUGUUUUAAUCAUCUACAAACUUUACCUUUAAAAGAAGGGUUGUAUUUGUAAUUAGGAUUUUGGCUUAAAACCUUUCUGAACCUAAAUAAAUUUCUGAACAUAUACUCUACAGUUACAAUUAAAAUUCACUUGUUUUUAUUGUUGUUAAGUAACUGAAAAAAUAUUAUUUGCAAGCAAAAUAUUUAUCAGAAUCUACAUAAGUCAUAUAUAUAUAUAUAUAUAUAUAUAUAUAUAUAUAUAUAUAUAUAAAAGCUAAAUAUGUUUUACAUUUCUUCACAUAGUAAGAUACACUUCUGGGGUUAUUUCUGUAUAUUUCACGUUUAUAAGUUUUUUUUCCUAAAUUAACUGAUAUCGUACUGAAACCAUACCAUUUAGUACUCAACUAAAGUCAGCAAAUCAAUUGUACAGCUGGUAAUACGGAAAGGGGUCAAAGGAGGUCAGCUUUCACCCGAUAAGUUUAUAGCGGCUGAUAUCACUUAUCUAGUGACCUAAAAUUACUAUCAGCCUUACAAAUGCUCUUUAGAAGAUGUUAAAUUAAACACCAAAAAUAAAUAAGAUAUUAAAAUUAUGAAUAUAAAUAAUUUUUCUUUUAUUUUUACAUGCAAAUUUCGGUUAUGAAAUAUUACAUACAAGAAGUUUUAUUAUUUUGUGUUUUUAAAAUUUAUUAUUGUGCUAUGCACAUUCAGUUCAUUAGUUCUGACGACACUACAAGCCACAGGAAAACAGCUUGUGAGUGUUUUGUUAUAGAACUGUAGGGUUAACAAGUGUCUGGUUUAUUAAAAAAAAAUCAUUAAUACAUAUGUAGUUAGUUGCUUGAGUUUUAAGUUAUAUAUAUAUUAUUUCAAUUUAUUUCAUUGUUCUGCCCAGCAGGCUAGAUGUAGUGAUAUCAAACUACUUUAAAAAGAUAGCAGCUACUUAUUUAACCACAUUGGAAAUGGACAUCUGCCAUGUGCAAACUUCAUUUGGUAAGACAUCUGUCAUUUUAAUCUACCAAAUUAACAUUUAAGCUCUCAAUAUUGAAAAUUGCGAGAACGCACGAAACAAUUAUAAACACGGAAAUGUCCUGUCUUUUGCUGCGUGCGGUGUGCAGAGAGGAAGGGUGGACGGUGUUUCAGACAGUAGCCAUUGAGAGUAGCCAAUAGGAACACAUGAGCGAUGUUCGAGACUUCCUCCUCGCUCAAGUCUCAGCUGUGCAUUGAUUCAAGCUUUCAUUAAAAUUUAAGAAAAUUAUCAUUUUAAAUUCAAAUUUGAGAUGCGAGGUAUAGUGUGUCCAAACUGUGAGAGCAACUCUAUGCUCUGUUGCUCUGCCGAUAUGGCCUAUCUGCUGUCCCCAAGGCAUUGCAUUCCAUCAGCAUCGCAUUAGUGAUGACAUGAUGUGUACUAUGUGCGUACAAGUUACAUGACAUAGAGUAAGGGAUAAAAAAUUAUAAAAUUCAUAUACGUAUGUAUGUGGAGUGGGUUCUAUGUAAAUUAGUAAUUAUGUGGAACUAACAACAUGAUUGCACAGUUAAGUUUCUUCAUGGACAUGUGAGCAGCUAGCAGUUGAUUUUUUAACUGUGCUAUUUGGAUGCAAAAAAAUACUUCACUAUAGCCAUUAUUUUAGUUUUUACAAACCAAAAUAAGUCAAACCUUGUAAUUAAUCUUAAAACAAAAACACUUGUGAUUUUUUUUAUGUACACUGUCAAAAGAAAGUUUUUUUUCAUUGACUUUUCUUUUAUUAAGAAUGUGGGAUGGUUUCGUGACUUUCAAUCAGAAGUUUUUCCUCUACAUUUAUUUGUAGCUGUGUUAUGACAUAAAGGUAAACCAAUGUAUGAGAUAUUUGCUCAUUAAAAGUAUCUAUAACUUUAUUUGAUUACGAUACAUUUUAUUGAAGAUAAAGUUUUUGUAAAAAAUUUAAAUAAAGAAGGUUAAAAUAAUGUUUUGGCUUUUAAUAUGUAUUGAUUUGAAAUAAAUUAAGCGUAGAAAAGAAGACGAAAUAAUAUGGUGAAUACUAGCAUGUUUGCCUUGUAUUUUGAAAUGUUUAUUUUGGAAGCUGAUUUCUUGCCGAUAUCUACUGUCCAUCACUGCCAGGGUAUUGGAGUUGUGUUGUACUACUUGCUAGGUAACAGUGUCACUGUACGGUGUUUACACUGCAUUCAUUUCUUGAAAUUGUUGUUGAAUAAAAGACGGAACAAAAUCA